GAAUGAAACGCGGCAUUUGUAUUGAUCAAGCGAUCAAAAGAUGACUGCGGGAUCACGCGACCGAGGAUGCCACCCCCUUCCAAACUUGACUGUCAUAUCAAUCCAGAUCUUGGUGAGCGUUAUCUGCAUGUACGUGCACUCCUCGUGCGUGGUUGCGGACGGCGUGAAACUCAGAUCACGCGUCAAUUGCGAGCGUCCAUUGGCUUAUUUAGGGCACGACGAUCGCCGUGCCGAGAUUAGCCUUGUCCGCUGCUCCAGUCGCACCAUCUUCCGACCGACGUAUUAUGAAUUGUGAGCCGUUGGACACGGGGAUUUUACCUACGUGAAAAGUUGAGAUAUUCCACAUCAUGUGUGCUCAAUCUUCUAGCUGGCAAGCAGACCCUCCACCGCGUUUUCAGGCCUGUAGGCGCCUUUCUGCCUUUAAAAACGCGAGAAAUUGAAAACAGCGAACACUCAUAUCACCUCCAUAGCCAUGCAAGUCCCUGAUAUUCACGCGUCUCCUGAUCAAGUUGAAGUGCAAUACGCAACCCAUGUCGCUCUAGAUGAUGCCGACGAACUUGUUUUUGAAAGAUUCAACGAAUCGUUCUGGCCCUUGGCUGGAUACGAAGACCAUCCGCGUGACGAAUAUACCGAUCACGAUCUCAUGGGUCCCCCCACGACCAGCGACCCUCAUCAGAACCCCGUGGGCCAUGGGGAGCAGCAUGGACCUUGCUCACCGUUGUCAUUCGGCAGACAAUGUUGCUUCCAGCACGAGCACGCCAUUCCAGGUGGCCAAUGUCCUGACUAUGGGGUCUCAUGCACCGCGAGCUUCGCAACAACCGACCAGCAAAUGGACCAGCAGGCACCAGAUGCGAUGCUGGAGAUCCCCUUCAAUAAUGCAGAAGGUAUUCAACAGAUGUAUUGUCCACUUUCGCUGGCGAAUGACGGGCAAGAUGUCAUGACCGGCUGGGAAGAUCACCUUGUCUCGAGUGCAGAUGACCCCCACUAUGCACCCAUUGUCGGUGGUGAUGCGAGGGACAUAGGACCGGCGCCUCAUCCCACACCAUCCGGUGUCCUGAGUGUUGUUCGGUGCCAACACCAUAUACAAGGUCAACCCUGCGGGGUGUUGAUCGAAGGCGAAAUCUCCAGUAUCUUGGAACAUUUCGCCUGCAUGCACGUUCGCCCUCGCAUGUUUGCAAAUGCAAAAUCACAGCAUCCGCCGGAGUUCUGGACUUGUCGCUGGGGCGGCGGGUGUGACAGUCGCAUGCGCAAGGAGGGCAUUAAGAGGCAUGUUCUUGGCCACAUCUUCCGGUGGAAAUGUUUGACUUGCUCGUCGACCUACUCGCGAGAUGAUAGUGCGCGAAAACACGCUAAGGAGUGUGGAGAUGGCAGGAUCUCCAUGCAGCCGCGGUCGGAGGUUCAUCCACAACAGUUGUAGGAGGAGAGAAGAAGGGGGAGGGAAACCAUAGCUCCCUCGGUGCACGAUACUUACAUGCUUACGAAGAGGGAUUCUGGGAAUUCUUCCAGUUGGCGAUAUAUUUAUAGCCGUUCGCGGAUGCGGUUUGUACUUACAAUACUCUGCGACUUCCGUUCAAGUUGUUCGCUUCCUAAUUCAACUUUCCAUACGUAUCGAGUCCUUAGUACAUCACAAGCCCACCGUAAAUCCUUUUGCAG